GUUGUUAUGCUGUUAUGCUUGUUGUGAUUGAUUGGACUCCUUUAUUUCCGGAAUUUAUCUUAAUGAACGACGUCCCUUCUUUAAACUUAGGAAAAUCACAACGUCUGUCUUCAUUUUACAUGUCGCCAAAGGAACCUUCGUAA